CAAUUAGCACUUCCUCAUGCACUGUGCGACACUGCCUGCCCAAGGAAGCAACUCUAGUAGCCAUACAAGGAGUGGCCACUGAAGGUGUCCCUAGGGGGCGAUGUAAACACUGUAUUUUCUCUGAAAAGGCAGUGAUUACAGGAAAAUGCCUGCAGGAAAUGAUUAUACUCACCAGAACAACUACAUUAAGCUGUAGUUGUACUGGUGACUAUAGUGUCCCUUUAAGUAGUCAAGGUAUUUGCUAACAGUUUGACCUCUAACCUGGUGUCCCCUGGGUGUUGCUCCUAACCUAGUCUCUUCUGCUAUGGAUAGCUGGAAUCUCCUGCUAGGAAAAAGAAAGUAUUUAUGUUUAAAGUGUCACAAAAUGAUUUAUACAAAUGCAACGUAGUGAUAAACAAGUAACAAAUGGACAUACAAUGUGAGGGAGGGAAAGGUUAAGCACAUACAAGUCCCUUUAACAUUUCAAUGUUUGUUUUAAGACAGAUCUGAUGUGUAAUUGGAUUGAUUUUUCUGAUUUUUCUGAGUGCCCCUGACCAACGCCAUGAUGAAGACAAACAAGAACAGAAUUUACAUCACCGAGAAACUCUUUAAUUUAACCCUGAAAAUUCUCUACCUUCUGACUGGAGAGGAUUAUAUCGUCAUUAAAAAGCCUGGUGACGGCGUCACAGUAUCCAGCAGUCCCUGUGUAUUAGUAGGAUCCUCCAGGACUCAGAGCCCCAGCACGGUGCCCCCACCUCACUCACUGAUACAUGAGAGUAACAAUGAUGACAAGAUCCUGGAACUGACCAAUCAGAUCAUCCAGCUGCUGACUGGAGAGGAAUAUUUUGAAGAUGGCACGGAUAUUUGUAAAGGAGUAUUGAAGCGGAAGCACAAAACACUUAUUGGUAAAUAG